AUGGCAUCUGAUCAUUCAUCCCUCAACAGCCAAACCAAAUUUCUCCAUCAAAACAGUGACCUUGAGCAACAAGCAACACUAGAGGUUGAAACCAAGGACUUCGAUUACUCAAAAAGAUCUCAAUGGCUACGUGCUGCUGUUUUAGGAGCCAACGAUGGGUUAGUCUCCACAGCAUCUCUAAUGAUGGGUGUGGGAGCAGUGAAGCAAGACAUUAAAGUCAUGAUCCUAACAGGGUUUGCAGGGCUAGUGGCAGGUGCUUGUAGCAUGGCCAUAGGAGAAUUUGUGUCUGUGUACUCACAGUUAGACAUAGAAGUUGCUCAACUGAAAAGAGACAAAGAAAGGGGCAAUGAGAGACAUAGAGAAGAGGACGAUAACAAAGAGAAAGAGAGUUUGCCAAACCCUUUGCAAGCAGCAGCAGCAUCAGCUUUAGCAUUUUCAGUUGGUGCAAUGGUUCCCUUACUUGCAGCCUCUUUUAUAAGGGAUUAUAAGGUGAGAUUAGGAGUGGUUUUGGGAGCAGUGAGUUUUGCUCUUCUGGUCUUUGGUUGGUUAGGAGCAGUUUUGGGUAAGGCUCCAGCAUUGAGGUCUUGUGUGAGGGUCUUGGUUGGGGGUUGGCUAGCCAUGGCUAUAACUUUUGGGCUAACCAAGUUGAUUGGGUCAAGUGCUCUUUAG